CAGUUUCUUUACUGUAUUAUAUUCAUACCUGAUCUUUUUUUUCGUUGUUCAUCUGAGGAUUCAGACUAAAUCAGGAUGUUGACCACUGCAGCUCUUAUUCUCAUUGUCACCAGUAAUGUUGUCCUAGGACAGGAUGACAGCCAUCCAUUGGAUUUGGCAGAUAAGUCAGUUGAUGACCAGUAUGACGGUUGUGCAGACAAGAUGAACAACUUGGUGGUGGAUGAAGACUAUCUAAACAAAGAAAGGAAAGCUAACAUAGCAGGCUUUGGAGACGCUUGGAGUAAAAGUGAAAAUAAAACCAAGGGAAAAAAGCUAGAAACCUUAACUAGAAACCAUUUAAUUGCCAUUUAUGUGUAUACUGGUGUUAUAGGAGGCGUACAUAAAAAAUUUAAUCAGGAUGUUAGGACCGGUGGAGAGAAAUACAAAAACAAUAAAUUCUCAUGGUAUACACUUUACUUUUGGUUGACACGAGCGAUACAGACUCUUAAGAAAACGCAAAAUGGAUGCAUAUCAACUUAUCGUGGUACCAGUGUUAAAUUUAAUGGUGUCAAGAACAAAGAGAUUCGUUUUGGCUCAUUUGCGUCCUCCUCUCUUGAGCGUGAUAUAGCAGAGUGGUUUGGAACUGAAUCUUGUUUUGAAAUCAAGACUUGUCAUGGUGCUGAUGUGACAGAAUACUCAUUUCACCGCAAUCAGAAAGAGGUGUUGAUUCCCCCAUACGAGACAUUUGAAGUCACUGAUAUAAGAAACGGUAAGAUGGGUGACUGGUGUACGACUGUGUUUGAGUUGAAAAGCACUGGUAUAAAAAGUAACCUAAACUGUAAAUUGAUAAAGAAAAUGAAAUAUCACAAUGUCAAUAUCUCUGAAUGAUCUUUACAUAUUAUAAUUUUUCGUUGAUAUAUUAAGCAAGCUUUCAGGAUUGCAGCUUAAAUGACACAAAUGAGAAUCAAAAUUGUUUUAUCACAAGCAGAAUUAAUUGCAGCUUAACAUGUUUGUUGCAUAUUUGUUGUUUUGUUUAUAAUAUAGUAAUACUGUCAUGGUUCUGCCAUCUUGUCUUUUGUUUAAUCUAGUCUUGUGGCAGAAUCAUGACAGACCCAUGUUUUGUGUGGGUUCACGUGGUCUUAGUAUUGGUUUACUGGACCACGUGUUCCCUGUGUCUUGUCUCUUUUACCCCGCUCCCUUGUCGUCGUCCUCAUUAUUGUUUGAUUCUUAUCACCUGCUCCCCUCUUGAUUUGUUACCCUAUUUAAUCCUCUUGUAUUCAUUGUCCUGUGCUUGUGCAUUGUGUGUUCCAUAUACCUGCGAGUACUCUGUUAAAAGUCAAGUCUAGUGUUUAUACAUUAAGUGUUUUGUCUAGUUUAUUGUUAAGUGUUUCCAGUUUAGUGUCACAGUUUAGUCCUGUCUAGUUUAGUGUUCUUUAGUCUUCCUGUUUAUAUUG